AUGGGAGAGCACGCCGCCCGCCCGACAGCGAUCGAAAACCCCAAUAUCAAGCAAAGCUUGCUGUUAGCCGGGCAUCUCGGAAACCUCACUAUAGAACAGGAAAAGGCGCUCGAAACGUUCAAGGAAAACCUAGCCAAGGCUGGACUGUAUACACCAGCUCGUGAAAAGGAGAAAGCGUCUCAUGACGACCCCACUCUUUUGCGCUUCUUGCGCGCUCGCUCCUUCAACCCGACCGCCGCGCAAAAACAAUUCUCAGAAUGCGAAAACUGGCGGAAGACGCACCAGAUCUGCAAGCUGUACUACAAGAUGAGCGACGAGGAUGUAGAGCAUGCUCAGCGCUUCUACCCGAGGUGGACAGGCCGGAGGGAUAAGCUGGGAAUACCGCUCUUUGUGUAUCGCCUGGCCUCGCUAGACUCGUUGCAGCAUGAGCUCUAUGCUCUCCCCGCUCAACAGCGAUCUUACAGGUUGGCUACCCUCUACGAGCAUAUGACGCGAUUCACGAUGCCGCUCUGCUCGCACAUCCCUCGAUCCAUCGAGCCCGUCCCUGUCUCCUCCAUUACCACCAUCCUUGACCUCGAGAACAUUUCCUUCGGGUCUAUGUGGCGCCUGCGACACCAUCUUCAGGAGGCAUCCAAGCUCCUCUUGGCCAACUACCCCGAGACACUGCACUCCGUAGUUAUAGUCAACUCGCCUUCAUUCUUCCCUACGAUCUGGAAUUGGAUCAAAGGCUGGUUUGACGAAGGAACACGCCAGAAGAUCCAUAUCCUUGGCAAAGAUUCCAAAGCGACACUGUUGGAGCUCGUUCAGACCGAUGAUCUCCCUGUAACUUAUGGCGGCGGCCUAUCCUGGGAGUUCGAAGACGCGCCGGAUAUAGACGAAGAGAUCAAGCGAGUGCUGCCCGAGAUACCAAAAGGCCCACUGGUCUUUGUCGACGGCAUGGCCUCGAAACCCCCCGCACUAUAG